CCUCUUUGGAGCGUCGCAAUAACUUCUCGAUGGUUCCCCCGCCCCCCUCCAUUUCUUUUCCUUCCACCGAGGCUGGAAAUGGCUGCCGAGCGGUGAAAGGGUUGCAGCGGGAGCGGUCGGCCAGAGAAGGGAAUUGAUUUGAGUGUAUGCUAAGAAUUUAAAUUCUUGUGAAGUAUUGCAAGGUCAGCUUGUUUUCCUGAUUUCUGUUGGAAAGGUGCAAACUCUUGGAGAAGAAAUGGGUCGUUCUAACACAAGAUCACAUUCUUCAAGAUCAAAGUCUAGAUCUCAGUCCAGUUCAAGGUCAAGAUCAAGAUCACAUUCCAGAAAAAAGAGAUACAGUUCUAGGUCCCGGUCUAGAACAUAUUCACGGUCUCGCAGUCGGGAUCGUGUUUAUAAUAGAGAUUACCGCAGAGAUUACAGAAAUAAUCGAGGAAUGAGGCGCCCCUAUGGCUAUAGAGGAAGAGGUAGAGGAUAUUAUCCUGGAGGUGGAGGUAGAUAUCAUCGUGGUGGUUACAGACCUGUCUGGAACAGAAGACACUCUCGAAGUCCUCGACGAGACCGCUCACGUUCCAGAAGUCCAAAGAGAAGGUCAAGAUCUUCUCAGAGGUCUCGGAGCAGAUCUCGACGAUCCUACAGAUCUUCCAGAUCUCCAAGGUCAUCAUCAUCUCGUUCUUCAUCUCCAUAUAGCAAGUCACCUGUCUCUUCAAAAAGGCGCGGAUCAUCAGAGAAACAAGCAAAGAAAUCUGAGGCAGCUACUUUGCAAGAGAGCCCUUUAAAAAACAAAUCACAAGAGGAAGAAAAAAAUACAUUUGAACAUGACCCAUCUGAUCCCCUAGAUGACUUCAGUAAAUCAGCAGCAGCUUCAGGUGAUAUAUGGCCUGGUCUUUCAGCAUAUGAUAACAGCCCAAGGUCUCCCCAUAGUCCCUCUAUUGCCUCCCCACCUAGUCAGAGUUCUUCGUGUUCUGAUGCUCACUUACUCAGCACCGUUCACUCAGCAAAAGACACACCUCAACACUCACAUUCCAUUCAGCAUAGCCCUGAGAGGUCUGGGUCUGGUUCUCUUGGAAACGGUUCCAGUCGCUACAGCCCUUCCCAGAAUAGUCCCCUGCAUCACAUUCCUUCAAGAAGAAGUCCUGCAAAAGCUGUUGCAUCACAGAAUGCUCCUCGGGAGGAGACUCGUGUGCGCUCUUUCUAUCCGGAGGCUGGAGAACCUGAAAGUUCAAAGGGUGCCAAAUUUCUGAAAAGGUACACAGAUGAAGAGUCUAGAGUAUACCUGCUUGAUAGAAGUAAUGUUAGAGAAAAAGAUGCUCAAAAGGAGAGAGGGCCAGAAAAGGGGAGAACAGAGGGAGAAAGAGAAUGGGAGGAUCAGGACGCUUUGGAAUAUUAUAUGGAUAAAGAUUCUGGAAAACAAAAGUUCAAUGAUUCUGAAGGAGAGGAUGCAGAGGAGACUGAAGAUUAUAGGCAGUUUAGGAAGUCUGUUCUUGCAGAUCAGGGUAAGGGUUUUUCAGCAUCUCAUCGUAAUGCUGAGGAGGAAGGAUCCAAGUACAAAUCUAAAAUCUCUAUGAAAGCAAAUAGAGAUGGCGAAGGAUUUAGAGAAGAUAAAAAUUACAAGCUUAAAGAGCCAGCUAGCUAUAUAGUGGAGAGGCCUAAUGUAUCAAAAGAUAAGCACAAGGAAGAUGAUAAAAUUUCUGAGAGAACAAUGAAGAAAGAAACCCAGUCACCCGAGCAGGUAAAAUCUGAGAAGCUCAAAGAACUUUUUGAUUAUAGUCCUCCCCUGCACAAGAACCCAGACUCAAGAGAGAAAACUACCUUCAGGGAGGAAAGUCCACUUAGGAUCAAAAUGAUAGCCAGUGAUUCCCAUCGGCCUGAAGUGAAACUUAAAAUGGCACCUGUUCCACUUGAUGAUUCAAACAGACCUGCUUCCUUGACUAAAGACAGGCUGCUUGCUAGUACACUUGUCCACUCAGUCAAGAAGGAGCAAGAAUUCCGAUCCAUCUUUGACCACAUUAAACUACCGCAGGCCAGCAAAAGCACGUCGGAAUCAUUUAUUCAGCACAUUGUGUCCUUGGUUCAUCAUGUCAAAGAACAGUAUUUCAAGUCUGCUGCAAUGACCCUAAGUGAGAGGUUCACUGCUUAUCAGAAGUCUACUGAAGAACAUAGCACCCGGCAAAAGAGUCCUGAAAUACACAGGAGGAUUGACAUCUCUCCAAGUGCCCUGAGGAAGCAUACCCGUUUAGCGGGAGAAGAGCGAGCCUUUAAAGAAGAAACGCAGAAAGGAGAUAAAAAAUUAAAGUGUGAUGCUGCAGAUCUUCGACAUGACAUCGAUCGUCGUAGAAAAGAAAGAAGUAAAGAACGAGGUGACUCUAAAGGCUCCAGGGAAUCCAGCGGUUCAAGGAAGCAGGAGAAAAUGCCAAAGGAUUACAAGGAUUUUAAACCUUACAAAGAUGACAGUAAACAAAAAAGAGAGCAAGACCGUUCUCGAUCUUCCUCAACUUCCUCCCCAUCUUCCUCCUCAUCCAGUUCCCGAGAAGAAAAGGACAGCAAGAAGGAAAGAGAUGAAGAGUUUAAACCACAUCAUGAUCAGAAGGAAUAUCCAGGCUUUACAGGUGUUGGAAGACCAAGAGGCACAUUUUUUCGAAUUAGGGGCAGAGGAAGAGCCAGAGGCGUGUUUGCUGGAACAAAUACUGGUCCCAGCAACCCAAACCCUACUUUUCAAAAGAGACCGAAGGAGGAGGAAUGGGAUCCUGAAUAUACCCCAAAAAGCAAGAAAUACUUCUUGCAUGAUGACAGAGAUGAUGGUGUAGAUUACUGGGCUAAAAGAGGAAGAGGCCGUGGCAUCUUCCAGCGUGGCAGAGGAAGAUUCAACUUCAAAAAAUCAGGUAGCAGUCCAAAGUGGACUCAUGACAAAUACCAAGGGGAUGGGAUUGUGGAAGAUGAAGAAGAAACAAUGGAAAGUGAAGACAAAGAAAGACGCAAAGAAGAAAAGGAAUAAAGCAUUGAAGAUCAGUUUCAGCUGUAAAAGCCUUUUGCGCCCCCCUACACAGCAUUUUUAAUAUGACUUGUCGUCAAAUGAAUGUAAGCAUUUUACUUAAAUUUUACUGUUGGAAACUAGUUUAGUUUAGUUUUUGUUUUUAUUUUAAUACUUUCCCAGUCUCAUAAAGUUAUUGUUGAUUAUACAAAAGCAAGUAGAAAAAGUACAAUACUAUUCGUCAUGAUCAACUUUUACAAAUGUUCAUUGUUAUAAGCAGUGCACUUUUGCUUUAUCCAAAAGAUAUGGUUAAAUCCCUGAGAGUUGUAUUUCAUUGCCCCUUCUACAGCUGUGUUUGAUUCUGAAGUAACUGUAGGUCUGCAUAUCUUUAUCUUGAGGCAGCAUUUUAAAAUAAACCUGUACUAAAUCUCAAUCCUUUUGCUGAAGUUAGUAAUUUCCUGAAGUUUUUAUUUGUAUGCUCAUGUUUAAAUUAUAGAGUUGAUUUGAUCUUAUGGGGCUGGAGGCUAAUUUUAUUUUAUGCAACCACAUAAAUAAUUGUGUCAGUGUGUAAACAUCACUGCAAAAAUAACUUAGAAAUCUGUUUCUCCAAAUUUACUAGUGAUCAGGUUUGAAAAUUAAGAGUACUUUGCUACCUUUAUAUCCCAUUUUCUGCAGAAUGUAUGUAGGAGGAUAUACAAAUCAGCUUGGGGAUCUUAUUAAUUCUUUCAUACAUUCACAUUUCUAGAAUACGAUGGGAGUUUUCUUCUGAACAGAUCUAGAUCUGACAAGUAGAGCUGUAGCUUAACAGGUGCUACGUUUCUCCGUCCACAUACCCUUACUGCUAAUGGGGAAAUGCCUCAACUGUUUGUGCAACAGCACUAAAAGUAACUUGACCUUCUGCACACUAUUUUCUUACAAGAAGACUUGUACUACAUUCCAAAUCUUUAGGCGUACGACAAAGGUAAAUUGUAGUGAAGUUAUCUUUAACACAAGCAUGUUUCAGUGUGAUUUUUUUUCUCUCUCCAGAGUUUCCAUGCAUAAUAAACAUAGUCUUAUGUAAAAUGCUAGAUCCUAUCCAUUUAUGACAUUUAAACAACAUGUUUAAUGAAUAUGAAGUAACAUUAUUACUACAGGAACUGUUGGGGAAGAGUCAUUGACAUCAAAUGAAAGGAAAUUUGUGGCAAUAUUGAUUCAGUUACCAGUUGUACCAGUUCUUUCCCAGUUUGUAAAAUAGUAUUUUCUGUAGGUUUUCUUCAGAUAAAUAACUUCACCAGUGGGAUACCUCCAUUGUGGUUUAGUUUUCAGUGGAAUAAAGAUGUGAAAAUUCUAAAA